AUGGGCAAGGAAAACCAGACAUGGGUAAGUGAGUUCUUCCUCCUGGGGUUGUCAAGUGACUGGGGGACUCAAGUCUCCUUGUUUGUGCUAUUCCUGGCCAUGUACUUGCUGACCGUCCUGGGGAACCUCAUCAUCAUCAUCCUCAUCUUGCUGGACAGCAGGCUUCAUAUACCCAUGUACUUCUUUCUCAGCAUCCUGUCAUUUGUGGACAUCUGUUACACCAACAGCACAGUCCCCCAGAUGCUCAUUCACUUACUGUCAGCCUGGAAGUCCAUCUCAUUCCACAGAUGUGUGCUGCAGCUGUAUAUCUCUCUAGUAAUGGGCAACAUAGAGUUCUUCCUGCUAAGUGCCAUGGCCUAUGACCGCUACGUGGCUGUGUGUCACCCUCUGCACUACAUGGUCAUUAUGCAUGGAGGGGUAUGCCUGGGGCUGGCUUCAGCCUGUGUGGCUGUUGCUCUCACAAAUUCGCUAAUGCAGACCGUCAUGAUCUUCCAGUUACCCUUCUGUCAUAAGGUCAUCAAUCACUUUGCCUGUGAGAUACUGGCUAUGCUGAGGCUGGUUUGUGUGGACAUCUCCCUCAACAAAGUCAUGGUGGCCAUUUCAGGAUUUCUGGUGAUCAUACUUCCCUGCACCCUGGUGCUCUUUUCCUACGCUCACAUUGUUGCUGCCAUUCUGCAUAUUCAUUCGUCCCAGGGACGACGCAAAGCCUUUGGGACUUGUGCCUCUCACCUUACGGUGGUUUCUAUGUGCUUUGGAACAGCCUUCUUUACGUACAUGAGGCCUGUGGGCAGAUCCUCAGAAGAACAGGAGAAGAUGGUUUCUCUUUUCUAUGCUGUUGUGACUCCAAUGCUCAAUCCCCUCAUCUAUAGCUUAAGGAACAAUGAUGUGAUUGGGGCUUUGAAAAGAGCUUUGGAGAAACUUAAGGGAAAAAAUAGAUGA